UUCUCCCCGCGCCGAGGGGCGGGAGGCAGCCAUGUCGCUAUUGUCUCGGGCGCUGCCCGCGCUGCGGCUCUAUUGCAUCGGCCUCGCCGUCGCCCUGCACCAGCUGCUGCGCCGCCUCCGCCCCGGCGGGCCCCCCGCGCCAGUUUUCCCUACACAAAAUGGAAAUGUUGCUAUAGUGACUGGAGGUGCUAAAGGAAUUGGUUAUCAUACUGUGAAGCAUUUGGCAAGACUUGGCAUGCACGUUAUAAUAGCUGGAAACAAUGAACGUGAAGGCCAAGAAGCAGUGAGGAAAAUAAAAGAAGAAACUGUGAAUGAAAAAGUGGAGUUUUUACACUGUGAUUUGGCUUCAAUGAAGUCCAUACGGCAAUUUGUGCAACAGUUUAGAGCAAAGAAUUGUCCACUCCACGUCUUGGUGAAUAAUGCGGGGGUGAUGCUGGUCCCUGAAAGGAAAACAGAGGAUGGAUUUGAGGAGCACUUUGGCUUGAACUACUUGGGACAUUUCCUGUUGACUAACCUUCUCUUGGAAACAUUGAAGCAAUCAGGAACUCGCAGUCGCAAUGCUAGAAUCAUCACUGUCUCAUCAGCCACCCAUUAUGUAGGGAGAUUGCACCUUAAUGAUUUACAAAGCAGAUGUUCUUAUUCACCCCAUGGAGCCUAUGCCCAAAGCAAACUUGCCCUUGUAUUGUUUACCUAUCGACUACAGCAUCUCGUGACAGCAGAUGGGAGCCAUGUGACUGCUAAUGUAGUAGACCCUGGAGUAGUGAACACCGAGCUCUAUAAAAAUGUCUGUUGGGCUACAAAAGUGGUGAAGUGGAUGACAGCCUGGCUAUUUUUCAAGACUCCAGAGGAAGGAGCCUCUACGUCCAUCUAUGCAGCUGUCUCACCAGAGCUGGAAGGAGUUGGUGGCAUCUAUCUUUACAAUGAGCAAAGGACAAAAUCUACUGAUGUAUCGUAUGAUGAAGAGCUGCAGCGAAGGCUCUGGACUGAAAGCUGCAAGAUGACUAGGAUUUCUGAUGUAGGUAACAGAGAUCUCUAAAAGUAGCCACUUCCAACUGGGUGAAUGAAAUGUGUCCAACAAGUAUCCUUACCUGACUCCUUGCAGCAUGAACCAUCAUCCUGGAAUGCACUGUUCAAUUCCAAAGGCAAAUGUGAACAGUGCUGCUUUUCACUUGAACCCAUAGUCUGCUAGGGAGUCAAGGGGAAAUAUUCCCACAGAAAUGUGUAUAGGGUGGUUUUAAAUUUAACCAUCAGUUUUGUAAUCAUGAUGUUUUGGUCUGUGAUUAAAAAAAUCGUUAACCUUG